AUGGAUCCACUUGAUGUAAUUUCAUUCUCGCUUCUCUCCGAAAGGACCAAUAAACUGUCGAAAAGUCUUCGCAAAAUAUCUAUCAAUUCCAUCAGUGCGUUUGUUAAGAGUGAUUAUCCUCGUAUCACAGUAGCAUUGAACAAUGAUAUGUCAGUGGGGCUCCAUUUGUACACGGAGAUACUUCCGGGUGAGGUCAACGUGAUGCUUCGAAACGGAAUGAUUUCAUGGGAAAAAGGAUCGAUCACUGUCGCGAAAUUGGUGGAGCGAAUUCUUGAGGUUACUAGUUGUGAAUCGCUUGAAUAUGUGAUUCUCAGAGGACCUCUUCAACUAGAAGUAUGCGAUACUCUCACUCAACUGUCAAAACUCCAGAAAUUAGUUAUCGACGAUGCCUGUUCCGAUAGUUUCGCAAAAAAAGCCCUGGAAAUCAUCUUGCCAGUUACCACGGAUAUUUCAUUGUACCGGAUUCCAUUUGAGAGCAGAAAAGAGUUUCAGACCUUCCUAAAGAGCAAUUUGAACGAGUUGUAUAUUCAUAGUCAGUUCUCGACGUUCACUCUUGAUGACUUUCUGGUCACAAACGCACUCAAGGUGGAAUUAAGACAAGUUCUGUUUAGUGCCACAGAUAUCAGUCAAUUUCUUACAAAUUGGUUUCACAGCAAACACAACUCUCGACUUGAGCAUCUGUCAUUGCUCGAGACCGAGAGAGAACGUCCUUUCAUUCAAAGCAACUGGGGUUUUUAUCAAUAUCGUAUUGUGGAGGAUAUGAUAUCGAAAGAACAGAUGGGAAGAAAGCCACAAUUCGAUUUGGAACCUUUUAUGGCGAGAAGUCUUUCGAUUUUUAUGUUGACCGUGCUUCGUUUGAAAUGUAAUUGUGAUGAUUGA